CAACCCAUCAGGGAUUUUAGCUGACAUGGUGAGUGAUUGAUUUACAACGUGUUUACUUUAGCAAGCACCCAGCGGCACCAAAGUUCAGACUGCAACAUUUUCAUCUGUCUUUCUUGCAAAAGCCUUCGUGAGCCUUCCCUUCGUCAACAGAACAGACCUCGUUCGAAGGACCCUGUUUCCAGCCGAAAUACGAUGAAGAUCUUCUGGCAUUCAGCGGUCUUCUUCUCCCUCACCAUCUCCUUGGUCUGGUGUGACAUCAAGGACCUUCACGGGCACUUCGAUCUACUGAGUGAGGAGGCCCUAUCCUUCCACCCUCAUGGCCUUCUCAGCAACAAAUCCCUUCAGGGGACAAACCUGUCCCCCGAAUACCACCAAGAAAACACCGUGACCAACGACUUGAGCAUGGAAGAGGAGGAAAACUACGAAUACUUGGACUUCGACAAGCUCUUACGCGAAGACGACUACAUCGAUAUCAUUGAUAGCAUCCCGGAAGCGACGUCUUACGCCGACCAAGGAAACGUACUGGCCCUCUUUCGCGGGAAGACCAGAAUCCAACGUCUCAACAUCCUGAAUGCCUAUUUUGGCUUCAACCUUUACCGAAGCCUUCGGGACCACGUCAACUCUUCCGACAACAUCUUCUUGGCUCCGGUGGGCAUCUCCACCGCCAUGGCCAUGGUUUCGUUGGGACUCGGAGGCCGAACGCAGAAGGAAGUCUUGGACGUUCUAGGUUUCGAAGACUUUGUGAACGCCAGUUCCACCUACGACUACAUGACCGUUCACAACCUCUUCCACAAACUCACGCACCGGCUUUUCCGGCGCAAUUUCGGCUACACCCUCAGGUCAGUCAACGACCUCUAUGUCCAAAG